AUGCGUGCAGAGGCGUGGGAUCCGAGGCGCCAAAAAGAAGCAUUAGACAACCAGAGACCUGCACAUUCUCGCGCGACUUCCUGCUUCUGCUGCGGUCAUCGCUGCCCCUUUGUGUGUCAGCAUGAAAGCUGUCAGACCCGAAACGUGGAGAGCAGGGGGAGCUGCCCCACGACACUCCCCUCCCCAGCACCCGCCAGUGUACCUCUCCCCGUCCUGCGGUGUUCCAUUUGUGUUGGUGCCAACACAUCCGUGCUGCUCCAACAGCCGUUGCUGCUUCACCACCACCACCAACAACACCACCACCAACAGCAAUGA